AUGCCGUCUAAGCUUGAAAUGGUUUAUUUAAUGAACGUCUCAAUGCACCUUUUGCACAAGAGUAAUUUAUAUAACUUUCUCCAAGUUUCUCAUAAAUGUUUAUCAUCACUUCAAGCUCUCAAAGUGAAUCCCAUAUUUGGUAAUGAACCUUCACUUCAAUGGUUUUUCAAACAUUUUUCACCAGACACGUUUGACAUUAAUUAUUAUGUUUACGACAACAUUAAGGCGUAUAUUCAACCCAAACAAAUAAGAAAUGUUGAUUUAGUUCCUUUAUAUAAAACUGGCAAAAUGGAUGACAAUUUUAUAAAAAGUGUAUUUCCAAAAAUUACACGAUUGGUUUUAUUUAGUUUAGGUGACGAAAAUGAAAUAGCUGCCUACACCGAUUCUGUGGAACUUGAUGAUGUAAUAACUUAUAGUAAAACUGCAGACCUUGUCAUACAAAACUCAAAGUAUUUGACUGCCUUAUAUUAUCUCAAUAUAGACUUGGACUACUUUGUUCGGUUCUUACAAAAUUACACAGACAAUGGUAAAGAGAAGUAUUUAAAACUCCCAGACAUUGUUAUAGCAAAUAAUUACAAAUCGGAUCCCAUUAUAUUGGAUUUGCACAUCAUUUCUUUAUUAAAACAAGUGGAAGCAAUGUUACCUGACAACCAAAGAAGUAAAAUAUACAUCAUAAUUGACAAACAAAUGGAUGGAGAACAAACGGAUAAAGUGUUUAAGAAAACCAUGUGUAUAUAUACAUGUUGUGACACAGAUAAAACACUUCAUACUCAAAACAUAAGAUGCGAAAAUGGGGAAUUGAAUAUCACAGGUUCUUCAAAUGGAAUAAGUAUCAAUGAUAUUAUAGAACGGGCAUAUGCGAAUUCUAUUAUUUUAAAUUCACGAAAGACGUGGCAGGAAGUGUAUGGGUAUUGCCAAAAUGCGUACACAAAGUCGUCUUUUCAGCACACAAUUUAUAUAAAACUCGAUAUCAACACAAUGAAAUAA